CGCAGAUCACGUCCUGGGAAAUCACUGCCUUUCACUACCGCGAGAGGUUCUCAUGCAACAAUUGAAGAUCCCAGCUCGUUUCUACGAACGAAGUCUUGGUCACAAAUGGGCACUGGUGGUGCUAGAUUCUAUGGAUCUGAGCUCAACUUGGUCAUCCGACACACCAAAUUACAGAGCAUGGAGACUCAAGAAUUUCUCAAGUUGUUUCCCCUGGGUGACGAGAACCCGCAAAUGUCCCUUUGGAACGGUGGGAUUGGCGAAGAGCAAAAGAACUGGCUACGGAAAGUUUUAACUGACGCAGAGAGGCACAACGUGAAACUCAUUGUUGCACAACACCAUCCUUUGAUACAAGGCUCAGCUCCAAGCACGCAUUUUCUCUGGAACCACAAUGAAAUCUCGACUAUGCUUGUGGAAAGUCCUGCAGUGGUUCUAUUCCUGUGUGGCCAUUAUCAUCCUGGUGGAUAUGCUUGUGUUUCUGGCAAGCACUUUGUUACGGUAGAAGCCAUUCUGGAAGCACCAACAGGUUCUCAUGCCCACGGAUUUGUGAGUGUCUACGAGGACAAGAUCACGAUUCAUGGGCAUGGAACUGUUACAAGCCGGGAGCUCCAGAUCUCGGCUGCAAAGUGAAGACUUUCAUUUCUGGACUUCAAAUAAUCAACUUUGAUUA